AAUAAGAAAUUAAGCAAUUAGAUUAUUUAAAAGCAAAAAAUAUUUAAGAUAUAUAGAUACCUCAUAGUUGAAAAUUAGUUUUCUGAUAGCAAAUAACAAAUUAAUAAAAUGGUAGAUUGGAAAAAAAGAAUUAUCACAGGAGUUAUAGCGGUCCCCAUACUUUUAGGUGCCUGCUUGUUUAAGACUUCUUUAUUAAUAGUAGUUAUAGCUGCUAGCGUUUUUUCGCUUUAAGAAUACACCCACAUAAUAAGCGAGAUAUUAAAAAAAUAGACAUCCUCUAAAUAUUACUUUUAUGUUGAUAAACUGAGUUCAUUACAAUUUAUCCAUCUCCCUAUUUUAUUUUUCCUGUAAGCAGUUUACUUUUCAUAAAGUUAGUCAGAUUUAGAGCUCUAUCAAUUUUUAACAAUAAUGAUGAUAUCUUUGUGCGGUUUGAUUAAGUUUCUCUAAGCAAAACCUAAAGAAAAAGAUGUAGAUGAAAAAACUUUGUUGUGGCUUACUUUUGGCUACAUUACAGGCUAUGUUUUCUAUUUUUUAAUCUUCGUUUAACCUUUAAGCUUUAUUAUCUAUGCUUACAAUUAUGAAAAGGGAUACUCAUUUAUUAUUUUACAUAUUAUCACUGCCUUCCAGAGUGAUAAUGGAGCACUUUUUAUGGGUUCUGCAUUAGGUAAAAGGUUAUUCUGCCCUAGAAUUUCUCCUAAAAAGACAAUAGAAGGAGUAUUUGGAGCUGUUUUACUUAGCGUUUUAACAAAUAUUUUGAUUUAUUUCUUCAAUGUUCAUGUGGCACCUGUGAUGCCAGAUAUUUCUCUCAGUUAAUAUAUAAUAAUCGGAUUUUUAGGGUCAAUAGCUGCAGUUUAUGGAGAUUUACUUGAGUCUUUUGUAAAAAGAGCUGCUGAUACAAAAGAUUCUGGUUCUAUCUUCCCAGGCCAUGGUGGUAUUCUAGAUAGACUUGACUCUCUUAUGUAUAGUGCUCCAAUAGUCUUUAUGUACAUUAAAAUGUUUAUUUUAAAUGACAAAACUCUAGUAUGAAAAUAUUUUGAUAAUAGCGAUGAACAAAAAAGCAUUAUAACAUUUAGUUAAAAAUAACAUUUAUUAACCAAAUAUAUACACUUUCAUUUUAAUUAUUUGUAUUUAUUUUCAAGUAUGUGUAAUAAUUAAACUAAUUAUAUAAGUAAUUAAUUUAUUUAUUUAUUACUUAAAAGGCAAAGAAAAUUUUUCAAAAACUAUUUAAC